AGUGGCAAGUUGUUUGUUCCAGCGAGCACCAGCUGCUCGGCACUCCGGGCUCCGCUGCUCCGCUCCGCGCCCCGCCGGCCUCCCCGCCGCUCCAACUUUUGCACCCUCUGCUCCCUCAUCCCCUGCUCCUGCCCCCGGAGCUGGGAAGGGACAGACGGAAGCGGGGAGGGGAAAAAGGAAAAAAGACAAAAAAAAAUAAGAAGGCACCGACAAUAACAGCCCCCCCUCCCCCUCCCCAUUCAAAAACACAACAUAAACCCCAGGGAUAGAUGAACUACAAAUGAGAAAGAGGAAAAGAUGGAACUGCACAUCCUAGAGCACAGGCUCAGAGUGGCCAGCAUAGCCAAGGAGAGCAUCCAGUUGUUUACCUAUGGAUUAAUCAAACUUGCUUUCCUGUCCUCUAAGACGAGGUGCAAGUUCUUCAGCCUCACAGAAACCCCUGAGGACUACACCAUCAUUGUGGAUGAAGAGGGCUUCCUAGAACUUCCUUCCUCGGAACACUUGAGCGUGGCUGAUGCAACAUGGCUUGCCCUCAACGUGGUGUCUGGUGGAGGAGGCUUCUCCAGCUCCCAGCCCAUCGGAGUGACCAAAAUUGCCAAGUCAGUCAUAGCACCCCUAGCUGACCAAAACAUCUCAGUGUUCAUGCUCUCCACCUAUCAGACAGACUUCAUCCUGGUGCGUGAGCGAGACCUGCCCUUCGUGAUGCACACGCUGGCUGCCGAGUUCACCAUCCUCAGAGUAGUGAAUGGGGAGACAGUGGCUGCUGAUGACUUUGGGGUAACAAAUGGAUUUGUCAAACCAAAACUAGUUCAGAGGCCUGUCAUUCAUCCUCUCUCCAGCCCAAGCAAUAUGUUCUGUGUCACCAGCCUGGAUCCAGAUACCCUUCCCACUGUUGCUACACUCCUGAUGGAUGUCAUGUUUUACUCCAAUGGAGUAAAAGACUCAGUGGUGGGCAACGAAGACUCGGGACAUAUUCGCUUUUUCUCCUUUUCUCUCAUUGAGGGUUACAUCUCCCUGGUCAUGGAUGUCCAGACACAGCAGAGAUUUCCUAAUAAUUUGUUGUUUACAAGUGCAUCUGGUGAGCUCUGGAAGAUGGUGAGGAUUGGUGGGCAGCCUCUUGGCUUUGAUGAAUGUGGAAUUGUCGCUCAGAUUUCUGAGCCUUUGGCUGCAGCUGACAUCCCAGCCUACUACAUCAGUACAUUUAAGUUUGAUCACGCCUUGGUACCUGAAGAAAAUAUAAAUGGUGUGGUCAAUGCACUCCAAGUCAGUCAAGCUGAAAAGCAUUAGAAAUCUUCUGAGCUGGUUCCAGAUGCUUUUUAUUAUUCUAAUAAUAAUAAUUAUUAUUAUUAUUAUUCUUUUUUUCUCACAGUAUUUCUUGAAAAAUCUGAUUACAGAGAGUGACAUGAAAAGAGACUGUGGAAAGUUGAGCAGAAACAGCUCCAAUAAGCCUUUGUUUUAAUUAUUAUUAUUAUUAUUAUUGUUAUUAUUAUUAUUAUUGUUAUUUUAUUAAAUUUAUGAAUGAGGGGCAGGAGGAAAGGGAGUUUGUAUGGUUUCCUGAUGUUCAGCUCCAAGGUGAAGUGAGCCCUGGCUGUGCCCUGUGUGGAAGGAGCUGCCUGGGGACACCCAAGGACACCCAGCACGGAGAGCAGUGGGGUGGCCAAGAGCAGAUGGACAGACUGCUGCCUCAGAGAGCCCUGAAAACCAGAAACACAGUGAAAUAUGGAAUUAAACAGAAAAGACCUGGCAUAGUACUGGCUUGUCUCCUUGCAUCAGACUUCUGAGGACUGCCCAUCACUGCCUGUGUUGAGAUAGGAUGCACAGGGUUCUGUUUCCCCUGACAGAACAAUUUGGUGUUGGAAAAGAGGAAAAUAUCCAAUUGUUUGACAUUUCCCCUUUUUCUUUCUCCCUGCAGUCAAAGCCUGGCUGCUCUGAGAAAGCCUGGGCAGGGGGAGCCCAGCUCUGGCCAGCUCCUGGCAGUGGUGUCACCCAGACUUGGGUCUGCAUUGGAACUUGGCUGCUUUGGGUCAGGUUUUUCCAGUCACUGCUCCAUGUAUUUUCCUGCCCUGUCUCCAGGACUGCUGUUGUCCCCUUACCCCACUUCAGAGCCUUCCCCCAGCCCUUGUUGUUCCUCAGCAAGAGGAGGAAGGGCUCUUUUCUCCUGUCCCCUCAGGCUUUUCCCAUCCACUGUGCACUCAUGGGGAGAUAAAGGAUUGCCCAGGGUCCCUGGGGAGCUGCUCUUGCACAUCCAGGCCCCCUUGGCCAAGAGCCACAGCUCUGCCAGGGCCAGAGGUGCCUGAGUCCUGUGGGGACCCUCCUGCAGUUUUUCAUCCCACAGGUGGAAAUUGCUGCUGCCUGGGGAAGCAGAGUGGUGCUGAAAAUGCCUCAGACCUGCUGGCAUCUGGUCCUGCACAGAUGAUGGGGUUUUUCCCAUGGGGAAGCAGCAGUGUGUUCUGUUCUGGCUUGUGCCACAGCUGAGGGCCAGCAGGGGCCUGGCACCAAGGCCACAGUGGCACCUGUGUCCUGGCUGUGCCCUGGCCACUGCCAGCACUGUGCAGGACAGCAGAGAGCAGUGCUGGGACACAAGUGUGACCCAGGUGUGGGUGCCAGCCCUCUGCCCCACUGUGCCCAUGCACCAAGGGCUGCUGAGAGGAGGAGCUGCCUGCAGAGGAUCUUGCUGCUGGGAUUGCCAGCCCCAGCUUCUCUUGCAUUUCUUACCUUCUUCCACUUCAGGCUUGACAUAAAGAAUUUGCAGAUCUUGCUGUUUUCCUGAGGGCUUUCCAGCCAGAGACAGAGACAGCCCCUGGCAGGAUUUCCCUGAGGCUGUGCCAUAUCCAGCUGUGAGCCAGGGGUUUGCACUCAUCUGGAGGCAGUAAGCAAAGCAAACACCUGGGAUCAUGCCAGGGGCAUGGUUUUACUGGUGUGUAGGACAAGCAAACACACACAGAGCUGCUUGGUUAGUUCUGCAUUCACAGUACUGGAGGGCCAAGCAGUUCUGGUUUCUGAUGCUGCUGGAUUCAAACUCUGAAUUUCAAAUCUGGUUGUUCACCAGUGGGAUGUUUUGUGGUAUCUAGACAAGGAGUCAGAGUACCCAUGGGAAAAAGCAAGGAUGACUUUCCUUGGCCCUACUGGAGCUGAAGCAUCCCUGCUGAGGAGCACUGAGGCACACGUUUGGUGCUUUACCAAACUGGAUGUCCUGCUGUUCCUUAUGUGGGUUUUCAGAAUUGUCCCAUGAUAUGUUUAUAUCCACUCCUGAUUUCUGGACUAAAGGUUCAUUCUAGAUGUGGCUCUGUGCAUCUCUGGGUUUUGUUUGGAAAGGUGCUUUGGUCUCCUGCCAAGGACACAGGCACAGGCUGUCACAGAGUGCUGAAGGCAUUGGAGGUGUUUGCUGUGGCUCUGCCCGGUGCUGAGGGCACUGAGCUGGGCUGGCAGUGGUGGCUUCUCAGCCCAGGUGUUGUCGGGGGUUUCUCCUUGGGUGGCAGAUGGGCAGCACGGCUGGGGAAGGGGAUGUUGAGUUGCUGUGCAGCUGCUGAGCUGCCAGCCAAGGUUUCUGUCCAGCUGAGUUGGUUCUGAGCCUUUGCUGUGUGCAGGGAUGGUGCCGCCAUGCCAGAGUCACCAGGACAGGUUUUCCUUCUGCUCUGGGUUCUGUCAGCCUUUGGGAAGUUUUGGCAUCAGAGAGUACCAAGUGUUGCUGUGCAUGUGCCAGUGCUGCUUCCAAAGGACUUAGCAUGGAUAGGAAGGAAUUAACUUGAAACAAGCAACAACUUUACUGAGCCUUAAAUGAAAGCAAAAAAAAAAAAAAAA